GACGGGCCUCCCUUGCUUCGACCCAUCCCUCGCCGGCCCUUUGUCUUCGACCUCAAGUGUUCCACGCCGCCCCAGAGCCUCACGCCGCCUCAAGAUGACGAGAGCGACAGCGAAGAGCAGCGCCGAGAAGAAGAGAUCCAGCUCGCCCGCUUCCGCCGCGAAUUGAUCAACUCUGGCCUCCUCGGCUCGCGUCCCUCGCCGCCCGACUCGCCGCCCGCCCUCACCCAGUCACAGUCCACCGCAAACCUCAAUUCCUCGACAUUGGCGGGCAUAUACGACUGCGACGACCAAGACGACGUCUUCAAUGGCGUUGAGGACGGCGAGGAGCUGCACACGCCAUGGGGGACGGGAGCCGAGACGCCGGUCAAGCGACGAGAAAGCAUCAGCCAGGCCACCUACGAGCUGAUGCGCGAUCGAUCCAACCUCCCGCGCCGACGCAUGUCGUACAAGCCCGCCGAGGCGACUCCAGUGAAGCAGCCCGUGACACCUGCCGGGGCUGCCGUUUCGCUGGUGUCGCGUGCCGUGGUGCUGUUUGUGCUCGGUGCUGGAUACGGCGUGCUGGUCACGCACCUGCACCAGGAGCCGCAGCUACUCCAGCUGACCGAGGCCAGCAGCGCCGUCCCGCGAUACAACGGAUCAUAUCUUGCGCUGUGGGGCUUUGGGCUGACGGGUGUUGCGCUGGGCGCGCUGCAGCCGUGGUUUGACGGCCUGUGGGACGGCCUUUUUGGCGCCGACGAACAAGCCGUGGUCGAGCCCGCGGAACCCCUGUCAGAUACCACAAAAGCGACUGCGUCAGAGACGGACUGGGCGCUGGUGGUGCGAGCAGUCGGCGUCUUUGUUGGCGUCGCGUUUGCAGUACGUCGCCUUGCCUGGAGCUCCAGUAUGCAGCUCUCAGUGGCCGUGGCUCUGGCCAGCUUCGUGCUCUGGUGGCUCAUCGACCGAUCCGUCUCUGCCUUGAUUCUGUCUGCGGGCGUAGGGCUCGCCGGCUCCGUCCUCGUUUGGGGCGUCAAUCCGGACAUGAUUCCCGCGCCCGCUGCGCAAAACAUCAGCAGCAACGGCAUCCCGUCCAUGGCGUCUUACACGGAUCUGACGACGGCGCUCAACAGCAUUGCCAGCCACGAGACGAUUGAAGCGAGCAUCUGGAUCGUUAGCGUCUUGUUCUGCACCUGUCUUUGCUUUGGCAACAUUGGACGACGGCUGGCCAAGAGCAAGUCAAAAGGUCGCUGGGGCGGACUGUAA